GCCUCGCGCAGCUGUCAACAGUGAGGAAGUAGCGAGAAGCAACAGUGGAAACUAAACUGCUACCAUAAAUUAUUUGCGUCUAUUAUUUGGCGCAUGUAGUCGCCUACAGUUAUGUUAGGUUUUGUAGACAAAGUAAAUGGCGACCUCUGCACGCUUUUCUUUUGACCGCGAGGGAAAAGAGAACCAUGUUUAGAGCCAGUAGCUGUUGCUUGCUAACUUCUAAGCUAGCUCGCUAACAGUCAGAUGUUGUUAUGGUUGGAGCGAUAGCUGGCUAAAGGGACGCAGUAUUAUAUUUGUCUACAAGACCAGGAUUUACGAGACUGCAACUUCUGCGUCCAAACGUGACACAUGGACCUGUUCGAAUCAGCAGGACUGCUUCAAGAUGCAUGACGCUUAUGAACCAGUGCCUAUUUUAGAGAAGCUUCCUCUUCAGAUCGACUGUCUUGCGGCUUGGGAAGAUUGGCUGCUGGUUGGAACAAAACCAGGACAUCUUCUUCUGUACAGAAUCAAGAAAGAUGCAGGCACCAACCGGUUUGAAGUGACUUUGGAAAAAUCUAAUAAGAACUUCUCAAAGAAAAUCCAGCAGCUAUAUGUUGUCUCACAGUAUAAAAUUCUUAUCAGUCUUUUGGAGAACAACAUCCACGUCCAUGACCUCCUGACCUUUCAGCAGAUCACUGUGGUGUCUAAAGCCAAAGGAUCCACACUCUUUGCAUGCGAUCUGCAGCAAACAAGCUCGGGAGAGGAAAGCCUCAGAAUGUGUGUGGCAAUGAGAAAGAAACUCCAGCUGUAUUACUGGAAGGAUAGAGAGUUCCAUGAGCUGCAGGGUGACUUGUGUGUGCCAGAUAUUCCAAAGUCCAUGGCUUGGUGUGAAAAUUCCAUCUGCGUGGGCUUCAAACGGGACUAUUACCUUAUUCGGCUGGAUGGCCGCGGCUCCAUCAAGGAGCUCUUCCCCACUGGGAAACAGUUGGAGCCUCUGGUUGCCCCACUGGCUGAUGGGAAGGUGGCUGUGGGGCAGGAUGACCUUACUGUGGUGCUUAAUGAAGAAGGAGUUUGUACCCAGAAGUGCGCUCUGAACUGGACUGAUAUCCCUAUUGCCAUGGAGCACCAGCCUCCGUACAUCAUUGCAGUGCUGCCCCGGUACGUGGAGAUACGGACCUUGGAACCACGGCUGCUGGUGCAGAACGUGGAGUUGCAAAGACCACGUUUCAUCUCCUCAGCAGGGCCAAACAUUGUGUAUGUAGCCAGCAACCACUUUGUCUGGCGCCUGGUGCCGGUGUCGAUAGCCAGCCAGAUCCGCCAGCUUCUUCAGGACAAGCAGUUUGAGCUGGCUCUUCAACUUGCAAAAAUGAAGGAUGAUUCAGAUGGUGAUAAGAAGCAGCAGAUACAUCACAUCCAGAAUCUUUACGCCUUCAACCUGUUUUGCCAGAAGAAAUUUGAUGAUUCCAUGCAGGUGUUUGCUAAACUGGGCACAGAUCCCACACAUGUGAUUGGACUUUACCCAGACUUACUCCCAUCUGACUACCGCAAACAGCUGCAUUACCCCAACCCUCUGCCGACCCUGUCUGGGGCCGAACUGGAGAAAGCUCAUCUCGCCCUUAUUGAUUACCUUACCCAGAAACGCAGCCACCUUGUUAAACAGCGUAAUGACUCGGACCCUUCUACAACAUCUCCACUCAUGGAGGGCACACCAACUAUUAAAAGCCGCAAGAAGCUCCUGCAAAUCAUUGACACCACAUUGCUGAAAUGUUACCUGCAUACAAAUGUGGCGCUCGUCUCCCCCCUCCUUCGACUUGAGAACAACCACUGCCACAUCGAGGAGAGCGAGUACGUCCUGAAGAAGUCUCAGAAGUACAGUGAGCUCAUUAUUCUCUACGAGAAAAAGGGCUUGCACCACAAAGCUUUGCAGGUCCUGCUGGACCAAUCUACCAAGGCCAACUCUCCUCUUAAAGGUCAUGAGCGAACCGUCCAGUACCUCCAACGACUUGGAGCAGAGAAUCUGGGCAUAAUCUUUGAGUUUUCUCCCUGGGUGCUUAAGAUCUGUCCUGAGGAUGGCUUGAAGAUCUUCACUGAAGAUCUGCCCGAGGUGGAGACUUUGCCCCGAGACAAGGUGCUGCAGUUCCUGAAGGAGCGCUUUGAGGAGCUGGCCAUCCCGUAUUUGGAGCACAUCAUCUACGUGUGGGACGAGAACGGCCCUGAGUUCCAUAAUGUGCUUAUUCAGCUGUAUCUGAGCAGGGUUCAAGGCCUGAUGAAACAGUACCUCUACUCACUGCCAGAGGGGGUUUCAGCUGUUCCUGCCGGGCAGGAGAAAGGUGAACUGGGACAGUUCAGGAACAAACUGCUGUCCUUCCUGGAUAUUUCUACUAGCUAUGAACCUGCCAGACUCAUCAGUGACUUUCCAUUUGAUGGGUUGCUGGAGGAACGGGCUCUGCUCCUGGGUCGCAUGGGUAAACACGAGCAGGCGCUUUUCAUAUAUGUCCACGUACUCGAUGACACCCGCAUGGCUGAAGAAUAUUGUCACCGACAUUAUAACAGUUCAGUGGAAGGAAAUAAAGAUGUUUAUCUGUCUUUGCUGCGGAUGUACCUGUCCCCCCCUGACGUCCACUGCCUGGGGCCCAUUAAGAUGGAGCUCACUGAGCCUCAGGCCAACCUGCAGGCGGCCCUGCAGGUCCUGGAGCUGCACCACAGCAAGCUCAACACCACCAAGGCUAUCAAUCUGCUCCCAGCAAACACCCAGAUCCGCGAGAUAAGCGUUUUCCUUGAGAGCGUUCUGGAGGAGAAGGCCCAAAUGAAACGCUGCAACCAGGUGUUGAAGAGCCUGCUGCAGGCUGAGUUCCUCCGGGUGCAGGAGGAGCGCAUCUUCCAUCAGCAGGUUAAAUGUGUCAUAACAGAAGAAAAAACCUGCAGAGUCUGUAAAAAGAAGAUAGGAAACAGUGCAUUUGCCAGGUAUCCCAAUGGUGUGGUCGUGCACUAUUUCUGCUGCAAAGAUCGCAGUGUGUGUCCCACUGAGCAGUAAAAGCCUCUUCUCACACUGCAAAUAAACACCCCCCUCUCCCCUGUGGACUUCGCUGCUGGGUCGUGUUGAAAGUAGAAAUAUAUUUGAAGGUUUGCCGUAUUUUUGGCCUGAGAUGCCCUUUGCUGCCACAGAGCAGAAUAGGACCACCAUUUUCAAGCUGGAAGGCUGAGGCUUUCUCUCUUUACACAUGAAGAAACAGGAGGAAUGUCCGGCGACCCUCAGCAGGAACGGAGAAGUGAACAGAGAGGUAGAUCAAGACAAUCCCAAAGCAUGUGCUACUGUAACACCAGGAAAGAUUUGUUGCCUUAAAGGCACACCGCCCUGGUAGAUUAUUGACAGCUUGGGAUAACAGAGGUUUGUACUUGCUAUCUCUGAUCAUUACAGACAGUGUUUUUGGUUUGUUUUUUGGCUCUCACUUUUCCUCCAUUACUAUAGCUCAUUGUAGGCCUCAAACACACCUUGAUAUGCCAUACUGAGUACUACAGUACUGUUAAAUGCCUUCUGUGACUGAAGAUUGUACUUGCAAUGAAAGGAGAUGUCACUUGCGACUUUUUGUUAGAAUAUAACAGACUAUAGUGCUUUUAUUUAAUAUAUGUCUGCCUUUUGUCAUUUAAUAUUAUUUAUAGGUCAACUUUCUUCCCCAGUUCUUACCCAACUGCAUCCACUGUUGUAUGAACGUUAUUUUAACACAUCAUAACACUGAUUCCCUUGGCCAUUCUCUUACAGAUGCUAUGAUCAGUUCAGUCAUCAGCUGAGAGAUGUAACAUUAAUCCAAAUGUUGUUCUUUCUGCUUCUUAAAUCUGAAUAGCCACUGCCUUUUAUUAGUAGGAUCUGUUCCACUAAAUGCAAUACAUAUACACCAAACAAGAAAAUUUAGUGGUUAUUAAUCAGUUUUCCAACUGUAGCAGUAUUCACUCCAGUAUAUUUAUUAUUUUUAUUUCCAACUUUCAUUGUAAACUAGAAUUUUGUGCUGCCUCUUCUUUCCAAAGGUCUCUCACUACGGUAGAAAAUGGAAGUCCUGCACUUUAAAUUGAUUCUUUUGAUUCUCUUUUUGAAAUACUGGAAUUAUACUAAACUGGAAUGGUUGAUAUCUGCAUUUUGGAGGCAACAUUGUUCUGAAAUGUGUCUGUUUACUGUUUCUCUAGUGAGCAGUUCAAAAAACAACAGUUUUCUUUACUAAAAAUAAAAAGCAUGUAAUGUU